AUGCCUGCUCGCGCGACGCGCUCGAAGGCCAAACCGUUGGCAGACGGGAAGAAGAAGCGCCACGUCCCAGCAGACAACUUCGAACACGACGAAGAGAGUGGAAGAGAAGACGAUAUUCACGAAGACGCGUACGAGGACGCAGACGACGCGUCGGAAGUAGAGUCAUUGGACAGCGACGCGCUCGACGAAGACGACGUCAAACCUGCAAGCCGGAAGCGCAAGCGACCCGCUGCUACCGCCAAGAAGGCGCCAGCGAAGAACGCGGGUAAGAAGACGUCGCCCAAGAAAGCCGGGGCAUCGCCUCGGAAGAAGCGCAAGUCGGCGAAGGACGAGGAGGCGGAAGACGAAGACUAUCUUGAGCUUGAAGAGGGACAGGAGGUGGUCGGCGUGGUCGUGCAGGCACCGAAGACCGGAAGAGUUCCUCCUGGGCAGAUCUCGAAGAAUACCCUGGAUUUUCUCUCAGAGUUGAAGAAACCCGAGUGCAAUGAUCGAGAGUGGUACGUCUACUCAUUCUCGGAGCCGGUAUAUCGUCUUGCAGAAGGCGAGUGGAAGGCGUUCGUGGAAGAGUUCACCGACCUGCUAGUGGAGGUCGACCCGCAAAUUCCCCACCUCCCGCCCAAAGACGUGAUUCACCGCAUCUACCGUGAUGUUCGCUUCAGCAACGACAAGACGCCGUACAAGACAGGAUUCUCCGCGAGUUUCUCGCGAAGCGGGCGCAAGGGUAUAUUUGCUGCUUGUGAGUCUCUGCUAGUGAGUCUUCUUGCUGAAAACGCUACCAGCCUGCUCACCAACAGGAUUCUAGUCAAAGGAGGAGGCGAGAGCCUCAUAGCCGCCGGGAGCUGGUGCCCCGGGAAGAACGAGCUCCAGACCAUCCGAAACAACCUGCUACGCUCCACCCGCCGCUUGCGGCAGAUUAUCUCCGCACCCGAGUUUGAAGCGCUCUUUGGGCCCGCACAUCCACAUCCGAAGGGAGGGCGCCAGAACGUGUUCGGGUUCGAGGACGAGCUGAAGGUCGCGCCAAAGGGCGUCGACAAGACGCACAAGGACAUCGACCUCUUGAAGUGCCGCUCGUUCGCAGUGAUCCACAAGUUCACCGAUCAGCAGGUGCUCGCGCCGGACUUCAAAAAGGAACUCGCGAGAAUCGUGCAGAUCGUGCGGCCAUUCGUGCACUGUUUGAACGACCUGAUGACGAUCCAGGACGCUGACAGUAGCGGGUCAGAGGAUGAGCCUGAGGAUGGUGAGGAAGAUCAGGACGAUGACGACGAUGCGGAUGACGAGUAG